CAUGCUUUCUUUAUUUGGGUGUUUUUCUGGAAGAAAGAGAUAUUCCUGUGAGUAAAUUGAUACGUUUCUGGCUUGCUGAAGGUUUCAUUCCAAACACUGAAUCAAGGAGAUUGGAGGAUAUUGCCGAGGCAUACUUGGUGGAUCUAAUUAACAGAAGCCUAGUAAUAGUCUCCAAGAGAAGAUCCAACGGGCAGGUCAAAUCAUGUCGCCUUCAUGAUCUUAUACUUGUUUUCUGCAGAUCGAAGGCCAAAAGUGAGAAUUUCUUGCAGCUGUUAAUGAAGUCUGAUGAACCAUAUUCUUCUUUUCCUAGCUCAGAUUAUGGUUUUGAAUUUGAUUUUCACGAUCAUUUAGCUCCUGUAACAUAUAAGGCCUAUAGAUUGAGCAUUUUUCUGAAGCGAAAUCAUUUUGUUGAAUCAAGACCUUCUGGCCCGGGCACUCGGUCUUUGAUAUUCUUUGCCUCCACUGAUGCAGAGCCCAGAUGUCCCUAUGACAUCUCAUUCAUUUGUCACAACUUCAAAUUUCUUCGGGUGUUGGAUUUUGAAAGCAUCAAUAUUGGUGUCUCCUUUCCUGUUGAAAUUGGACUGCUGGUUCGGUUGAGAUAUUUAGCAGUGAGUGGGUACUUGCAGUAUAUCCCAAAAUCAAUAGCCAACCUCAGGAAACUAGAAACUUUGAUUGUGAAGGGGUUGCGUGGUAAGGUUGUCCUACCAAAAACUAUUUGGCAAAUGACAAGUUUAAGGCAUCUUCAUGUGAACAUUCAUGUUGCAUUCAAAUUGGAUGAUGAAGAGCUUGGAGGCUGGUAUCAGUUGGAAAAUUUGGUCAGCUUUUCCCGUCCAUCUCUUUCUUGUGGUGAAGAUAGUGAACAAGUAAUGAAGAGGUUUCCAUAUCUUCGCAAACUGAAAUGCAUUUUCUUCGAAUCACGGAAGUCUUCCAGUAAUUGCAAUCAAUUUCCAAGAUUAAGUUCUCUAACUCAUUUGGAGUCGCUCAAUAUUUUUUACUAUGGGAGGCCUAUUAAUACCACUGAAUUCAUUCUCCCGUCCAAUCUGAGGAAAUUGACUCUUUCAAACUUUCACCUACCCUGGAAUCGUAUCUCGGCAAUCGGGAAGCUACCAAAGCUGGAAGUUCUCAAGUUACUUUCUGGUGCCUUUGAGGGGCCGAUAUGGGACAUGGGGGAUGAAGAGUUCCAGGAACUUAAAUUCUUGAAGUUAGACAGUUUGAACGUUGCCCAAUGGAAUGCUUCUUGUGAUCACCUUCCCAAACUUGAACGCCUUGUCUUACAAAAUUGCAAAGAACUUGAGAAAAUUCCCCAUGAUUUUGCAGAAAUAUCUAUGCUGGAAAUGAUUGAGGUGCACUGGUGCGGACAAUCUGCAGAAAAUUCGGCAAAAGGGAUUGGGGAUUCAACUGGGGAGAUCAAAGUCCUAAUCAGUAGUUCAUAUGUUAGAUCGUGAACAUAUUAUGGAUUCCAUCAUUGCAAUCUUCCACUCAUUUGCAAGUUUUGUUAUGGAGAACAGAGUUAACGUUGUUAGCUGAGAAAGCUGGUUGCAUUGCUCCAGUAACAACGUGCAGCACCAGAAUGACAAUGGUAAUUCUCGGACGGAUAUAAUCUUUUCAAAAAAAGUGCACUUGCGAAGAUUGAAACUUGAGAGUGUCUCCUACUACAGACUAGUCUGCUCUGUUGAAUCACCAGUGCAACCAAGCGCUUCAUGCGAAUGACCCUGGAGAACUAUUGGGCAUUCCUUGAGAAAGAGGGGACUGAGUUUAGGGAUCUGUUGAAAUGCACUGGAGGUACAAAUAGGGGAGUCAGUUACAAAGUAAUUUGGGACCUACAGAGAUGUGCUACUGGGACAGAUCCAGUUAUUCUUGAUUUAAGAAGCAUGGGAAAAGGUCAGGUUUGGGCAAAUGGCCAUAAAAAAUACGCAGACAUUGCAUUCUUGCUGCUCCAAGAAAUGGUUUCAGAAGAACCCCGUCUCUAUGUGGGAAACCUGCUCAAGGCUUGUGACCUUCAUAUUCACAAAAGCACUCGUGGGCAUGAAAGCGGGGGCAAGAAUGGUUUUUCAGUUUUCAGUGACCAAGAUUCGGCUAACGAAAUUCAAAAUGUAUGAUGCAAAACA